CACUGUGGACAGCACUAGCGUCGAGUUGAAAAGUGUAAAUUGUUGAAAUAAAUCAUGAGUUCAGGCUUUGUAACUGAAGCAGAGGCUGCCGAAGCUCGCCAAAAGCGUCAGGAGGAGUGGGAGCGUGUCCGCCAGCCGGAGGAUCCACUGGAACGGCCAGAGGAACCAUAUGACGGACGCUCACUGUACGACCGCCUAAAAGAACAGAAAAACAAAAAAGAUAUGGAAUACGAAGAGGCACAUAAGCUAAAGAACCUAAUUCGCGGCCUCGACGAUGAUGAGGUGCAGUUUCUGGAGGCUGUCGACGAGCACAAAAUAAACGCGGAGCGUCAACAACUGCGUGAUGAGGCUCGUGAACUAGAGGACUUUCGCAACCGUGUGGAGAAGCUACAAGAAGAAAGCGUUGAUAAGAAACUACAGGCAGAGCUGAAGACCACCGCCAAAUCAGUUGGUGCCACGGCGGGCCGAAACACACAAAAGUCACUGCUUGGCCACGGAAUAAAACGCAAAAACGGUGAAUCGCCCACAACAAGCAAAGUGGCCAAAACGGUGAAGAACGACAGCACACCAGAGCAGAAGGAGAAGGAACAGGAAUUACAGCCAGUGUUUCAAAGCGGGUUGAAGUUGAUAGCCACGCUGCCUGGCAUUGGGCCCUACACGGAGUCCAGCGACUCGGAGGCUAGCACCGAUUCGGACGAACUUGAUCGGUUCACACGCACCGAUUUGUGUGGUCGCAAAUUACCAAAAAAGAAACAGUGCACAGAGUAGGGUCAGAUCAAUCAUUUUAUUGGGGUGCUUAACAUGUAAUUCUUUCUUGCAACAGAAUAUAGCCUAGAGUGUAAACAUUA